AUGACGAACGUUUUCUUCACGGUUAACUUGGGAAUGGUACUUCUUUUUUGCUUUCAAGGCAUUGCUAAUGGUAAGCAGACAAUGACUAGAAAAAAGAAUAUUGUAGUCGCAAGAAACUUUACGAUCUUUCCUGAUUUGUACUUCGCUUCCUCUCGCUGAGCAGUAAUUAUAUAUAUAAGGUAUAACUAAGCCCUGGUGCUCAAAUUCAUACUAAAACAUUCAAAGUGUUAAAUAAAACUAAACAUUGUUAAGCUAUUCCAGGGCAUCCAUGAAGAAAAAAAAUCAAGUUAUAAUUGAUUCCGGAUUACUAAAAGUAAUGUGACGUUCGUUGUGCAUGCUUACAUUGAAUCAAAAUUGAUUUACCAUCAGAUUACUUAUUUUGUUGAUUCAUCAACCAAAAUCCAGUACCCCGGACAAUUCAAUGUGAUUCUUGCCUAUUGGUCCUUGCUUAUAAGAAUUGAUACUCGGAGACAUUUCACACCUCGAAUCUACCGAGUUGGAAUAAAAUCACUGAUUUUCAAGGACCUUACGAUUUUUCACCCCAAAUCUAUCGUGGACCCGCUUAAUUAUGACAAUAUUUUCUCGUUUACUUCAGUAAAUCGUUUCCGCAAUCAACUUGUUUAAACGCUCACCGUUUGGCUAAGAAAGAAGCUGUCAAUAACACACCAUUUCCUUCCCAUUUUGAUUUCACUUAAUAAAUUGACUAUUGUUUUGUUCUAUUGAGGGGUCAGUGGAGUUAAGUGUGUUAAUUGUACACUAAAAAUGCAACUACACCAUGUGAACAAUGAGUUUAAUAUCUGUUUCCUGUUGUGCCUUGUAUGUGAUGUAAACAACCCAUCCAUUCCAAUUCGAUGUUUAUUUUUUCAAAUAUUUUCCAUUUAUAGCGUUGGGAACCAAUCCUUGCUUCCAAAAUUCUUGUUACCUUAUCUCUGAUGCGGAAUCACCCGCAACAUGGACCGACAACCGAGAAACCUGCAAACGAAAGGGUGGUGACCUUGUUUCCAUCGAGACCGAAGCAGAAUGGAGCUUCCUCAAUGAUGAAAUUCAAAAGCGUUGCAUUGGGCAACCUAACGAAUGGCACAUUGGCCUGAAUAAAGUGGGAGAAGUCUGGAAGUGGGUGAAUAAUAGCCCCCUGACCAUAGACAAAUGGCAAACAACCCAUGGCGAGCCUUCUGGUGAUGGAAAUAAAGCGGUAAUGUCAAAGGAUUACCCACCGACAAAAAAAGGGCUGUUUAAUGAUCUUCCAAAUUGGAUCAAAAGAGCUUACAUCUGUGAACUACCCAAAGGUAAGGAAAUCUAAGUGACUCAGCACUGAACUUUGGUCUCUGCCAAAGGGAUCAAGCCUUAUUAGCUGUUUAAAAGUAACCUACGAGAAAGAAACUUUAGCAUCAUAGUAUCCAACUUGUGAAUCGGUCAAAACUUCAAUUGUACAAAUGGAAAAGAUAGGUCACAAUCUUCUCCGCUAUUGAAUGUAGUAUAGUUAAAAAUGAAACUUAAAUUCACAUCCUGAUAACUCUUAUGCAAUUUGUUCUUUUUUUUUUGCUUCCCAAAGUCAUUAUAUAUGUGCAAGAAUUCCUCCAUAGUGGUUGUUUAGUACGAUCAACAAUUUGUGUAGAAAUCAAAUGGCUCUUCAGUCACCUGUUCAGCGAGACGGAAUCUUAAUUUUUUAUGAUUUAAUUUCUCAUUGUAAAGAGACCAACUAAUAUUGCCUUUUCUUUCCUCAUCAGAUUCCUAAUGAAGUCGACAAAGAAAUGAUAGCACAGAGUAUGAUGGAAAUAUGUUUUGAUUCUUUCUACUUCAAAUUUGUCUCAUAUUCGAAAGAACAAUAAAAGAGGAAUUGUAAGGCAAAUGAGUAACCAUAUCUUUUCGGAAUUUAAUUUGGUUAGAUCUGUAUGAGGUCUUAUUAAUGGUUGAUGGUUUUUGAAGGUUACAAAAGCUCCUAGUCAAAGUUAGAGUUUUCUUUGGUUGAGUCUCAAAUCAAUAGCUUCGGUCGAAAGCCAGCAAGAGUCAAUGGUCUAAAAUCUUAAUUGCAGCGAUUAUCUUUCGAUAUGAUAGGAAAUUUUCCACAUUGGUCGGCUAAAAGAAGCAACCGGGAAGUUUCAAAUUCUAAAAAAUUGGUGUUCUAUGCCCCGGUCACUGUCUAAAACCAAAUUUAGAGUGUAGCCCAUGACACGGCUGAAUGGCCAACUGUAUUUCCUUCCAGCAUUAUCUCCAGCUGCGCCGGUACAUUAUCUUAUUUGACGUUUUGACGUGCAGUAUCGCUGAGUUGUGCCGUAUUUUAACUGGCUCUUAGAGCGAGUAAAAAUAAAAACAACGCGUUAAAAAUACGUAGAGGUCAUCACACGGUGGCGAGAGGAUACGAAUUUUACGUUCGAGUAGCGAGAACAACAUCUCAGAUGUUAUUCGUGCUUAGAGAACAGAAAAUUCAUGUCUUCGAGCUAAAGUGUAUUAUUCUUUUUUUUGUAUGGGCCAUUGAUAUAUAUACGGUGGGGGCUUAAAUUCCAUUUCUGGGUAUCAAUAGAAAAAAAAAACAAAAAUUUACCUUUGUCUCGUCGCAAGUUUCGAGAAGUUUCUUUUCGGCGCUCUCGUUCUCUAGCUGUUCAGGAAAAUACAUUUACAUCUUUGUCGCUUACCACAAAAAAAAACUCUUGCUGCCGUGUAGUAUUCCAACAAGAAACGAACUAGGUUCAUUCAGUAAAGUUUGAAAAGGCGGGAGUUGUGACGUCGCUGCUCAAUAUCUGCACUCUCGUCGCAUAUGAAAAAUACGCCAGUUAGUCGUAUUAAUUCUACGAGUGUUUUAGUUUUCGGUAGAACACUCACGUCCAUUUGGUAAUUAGCCAUACUACACAACAAAAGGUCUAACAUGUUAUUUAUCAUCUAACUGCUUUUUUUCUGCCGAGCGUUUCUACUCAUAUCUCAUAAGGCGGGAAAAGAAAAGCGGAUAGAGAAGCGUAGCGCGCAGCCGACAGGUUAAACAGGUUUUUUCACAGUUCCAAAUAACCAACUAUACACUAUUGCGGGAUAUUUGAAAUCUAUUCGCGUGUUAUUUGUACUCUACUUUGUGCUGUUGGAUAAUAACAUACUUGACUGGUUCAUCUUCCCUCUUGGCUGGGUUGUUCAAAGCCGGGAUAAGAUAACCCAGGGUAAGUAUAUAAUCUGAUCUUAGAGCUGAAAGCUUUGGCAGAAAAUUCAGUAAAAUUAUUUUUUUCCUCGAUUGGACGCGUGGAUGCUCUAAAAAGAAUAGAGAAAAUUAUCCUAAAAAGGCUUUUGAACAAAUGAAUAAAGAAACACAUUAAAAUUCCAAGACAAACGGCCUUCGAACAACUAGGCCCAGCAGCUGGAGAGUACUAACACUCCGGAAACUCCGAGAAAUAUCCAUGUUUGCGUCAGGUUUUGUCCUCGGCACUUUUGUAAAAUAGGGAGUACUACCUCGAGUAAAACACUCAUAUGGACAGCGUUCUUCUGCUUUUAGAACGGCUAGAAUUUGGAACAAUUUUCCCUAAUGAAAUAAAAGGACUGUUUUUCCAUGAGCUCAUUCAUUAACGAACUCACAAGGCACCUGGUUGUUUUUGUAUCCAUUGCAGUCAUUUAUAUGUGUAAAACAUUUUGUAAUUUACGGGUCACUUUCUACUCUUUUUGGAUGUUUUCUUAUUGUUUUUUCACGAGGGCCUCAUGUAGACUAUCUUAUGACAUUUCGUGUUGCCCUUUUUCAGUGUACAUAAGAAACUCCCGCACGAUUUGUUUUUUAGGAACUGUAAGUGCAUUAUACACUAUUAUUACGGUGGGUUUGUAUGAAUUAUCCUAUCCAGUUUUUUCUUAAGUUUCUUUUUCUACUUACUGAUCUAAGAAAAUAAAGUAUGAAUGAUAGGUUUUCCUGAGAUCGAUUAGUAUUCGCUCUAUAUUCCCUUUUGUGGCUGAACACGGCAUCACAGGUUGCCACGAUUUCAAACUGUAACAAAAGGGGCAAAAUUAUUUAUAGUUUAAACCUUUCAAUUCUUGUGUUCGUCAGCGGUCGUGUUGUUUAAGGCGGAAGCAAAUUAACAGUUUCAAAGAUUUUUCCUGCGGCCAUAACUCUUUAGACUCGUUUUAAUUUUAAUCUUGUGUUGUCGUGGUCAGCGCAAAUUGAAAUUCGAUUCCUAGUUAGAGAUGCCUUUAAAAAGAAUUAAAAUUCCAACUUCCGACAGUUUUAGUUAUUUUUAACAUGUUAAUUUACUAUAUUUUUGCCCGGUGACUCAUCAAAACUGAAUGUAGAGUCUCGCCACCGCGGAAACACCCCCUGCAAAUCUGUACUUAGGCGCACGGAAGGGUGUGCAGCUCCCUGAGUAAGGGGGCAAGCGUUGAUACAAUGACAUUUCUACAAAUUUCAAAAUCAUUUUCAAAUCAGAUUUGAAUAUCUUCUGUCCAUAGAACAUAAAACAUGUUUCAAAAGUUACUGUUACUUUAUUUUCGAUGCGAAAUCGGGCGGGACAUGGUCCGAUAACCGAAAAACUUGCCAAAAGAAGGGUGGCGACCUCGUCUCUAUAGAAAAUGAAGCAGAAUGGAGCUUCCUCAACAACGAAAUUCAAAAGCGUUGCAUCGGGAAGCCUUACGAAUGGCAUAUAGGUCUGCAUAAAGUUUUAAAGGGGAUUGGAAGUUGGUGA